AUGGGGGCUGUGCACCCGUCAGAGGAGUGUUCACCCGUUGUUGCCCACCGGCAGGCAGCCUGUCGCACCCGGAGCAGCGCGGGUCCCGGGCGGCGGGGCGGUCCCGGGGCUGGAGGGGCGGGUGUGCGGCGGCCGGUCCCGCCCCGUCCCGCCCCGUCCCGGCGCCAUGGCGGAGCCGGGGGGCCGGAGGUGCUGAGCGGCGGCGCGGAGCGGCGGUGCCGGGAGCGGCUGGCGGCGGCGGCGGCGGCGGCGCGCGGGGCCGGGGCGGCCGUGCUCGUGCCGCUGUGCUCGGUGCGGGGCCGCCCCGCGCUGCUCUUCACGCUGCGCUCCCGCCGCCUCGGCGGCCGCCACAGCGGGGACGUGAGCUUCCCCGGGGGGCGGCGGGAGCCGGCGGACGCCGACGCGGUGGCCACGGCGCUGCGGGAGACGCGGGAGGAGCUGGGGCUGGCGCUGGGCACCGGCAGCGUCUGGGGGCUGCUGCGGCCGCUGCCCGAGCGGGGGGGACAGCUGGUGGCUCCUGUCUUGGCCAACCUGGGGCCUCUGGAGGACCUGACCCUGAGCCCCAACCCCGAUGAGGUGCAGGAGGUCUUCACCCUGCCCCUGACCCACCUCCUGCGCCGGGAGAACCAGGGCUACACUCACUUCCGCAGCGCCGGCCGCUACAGCUACACCCUGCCCGUGUUCCUCAACGGCCCCCACCGCGUCUGGGGGCUCACAGCCGUCAUCACCGAGCUCGCCCUGGAGCUGCUGGCGCCCGGCCACUACCGCAGCCAGACCCGCGUGCGCGGCCGCAGCCCCGCCUCAGCCUGACGCCGUGGGGUGGGAGGAGCGGACGGGCAGAGCUCAGCCAGCACCUUGGUUCUGGGGCAUCUUUGGGGUGCCUGUAGGAAGGGGGGAUCACCCCGGACCCCCACCGCCAGCCGUGCUGCUGCGGGAGCCCCGGGUGCCAUCGCCACUGUGAGUGGGUAAAAAGCCAUGUUUGGAA